AUUUUGUUUGAGUCAACUCUUACCAAUACUACGAAUGGUCCUGCUCCAUCAUUGUUAUUGAAUGUCGCAGAAUCAAAUCCAUCUCGAUUUUUAAAUAACUUAAAUAGUCACAAGUUCUGGCUUAUUAUUGUCAUUGCUGGGUUGAUUGUUGAUGAUAUUCGAGGGAUAACGGCUUUAUAA